AUGAUUGAUGGAGGAGUGCAAUUGAACUGGGACAACUUCAAGAGGCUCUUCCUUGAGAAGUAUUUUUUGGAUGAUGUGAGGAGUCAAAAGGAAGUUGAAUUUCUCGAGUUGAAGCAAGGGAAUGAUACAGUGGCAGAGUAUGCUGCAAAAUUUGAUGCUUUGGUUCGCUAUUGUACUCAUUACCAUGGUGAGGGUGGUGAGAGGGCUAAAUGCAUUAAGUUCGUGAAUGGCCUUAGUCCUGAGAUAAAGACAACAAUCAAUUAUCAAGAGAUUUAUCACUACCCGACGCUUGUCAACAAGAGUAGAAUCUACGACCGUGACAACCGUGCACGUGCUAUUUUUUACAAGGGAGCUGGAGGUCCUAUGCGUGCUGCAAGUUCUAGUGCUCCGGGUAAGAGUAAGCCUUACUCCGCUCCUGCCAAGAUUCAAGGAAAUUAUGCUAACAGUAGAUCUGUUGCCAGAAAUUCUUUUGUAAGUGGUGCUACUAGUGUAGGAGGCUCUGUUUCUACACCUAUUAGUCAAUGCAAGAAAUGUGGGCUACGUGGGCAUGAGAACUAUAACUGUCCUGACAAGGAAAUAACAUGUUUCAACUGUCGAUCUGGAGAUGCUUGCCAGACCAUGAGAUUAAUUCGGUCCUACAGUUCUGUCAUUCUUCUGCACCUGGUGGUCAUCUUGGCAUUCAAAGGACAACUUGCAAGGUUCUUGACUGUGGUUUCUACUGGACCACCAUCUUCAAGGAUGCGUGAAAAAUUUGUAGCACUUGUGAGAAGUGCCAAAGAGCUAGAGGAUCCCUUUCUUGGAGACAGUAGAUGCCUUAGCAACCCGUGUUGUUCUAUGAGGUCUUUGAUGUUUGGGGUAUAG